GCGGCGGCGAGGAGUCAUCUCGUUCUCAACGCCCAUGUCGCCCUUCUUGCCCCUCCUCGACGCUGAGGACGAUGCGCUGCUAACGUCCCUCGAGCGCAUUGGUCCAGUCGUCGUCCCAUCAUCACGCUUGGCCGGCGGAGACGUCCCCCUUCACUCACUCAUCCUCGUCGAUCAUGCUUCUACACUCAACGUCGACGAGCUCAUCGCGUGGAUCGAUGCUGGCGCGGACAAGAUCAUUAUCCCCCUCUCAUGGGCGAAGGAUGCCGUUGAUGUGAUCCCCGCGGAACGCCUCGUCGUACUCUUGGACGUGAACAACUUUAGCGCCGUCUCGGCCAAGAUCACCAGCGGCGUCUCUGGAGUGCUUGUGAAGGCACCGACGUACGAUCUUGACCUCAUCUCCUCGAUCUCGAAAUUCUUCGGCAAGACGUCCGUGCAUGUACUCCCCACCACUACUUCCCCUCCUUCCCCAUCAGACAUCCGCGCACUCAAGGGCGUGUCGGCUACCCUCGUCCUCCCCUGCUCCCACCUCACACUCGGUGCCACCUCCCCCUCACAAAUCAACGUCGCCGAUGCGUUCCUCGCCCCCCUCAUCUCCGAUCGUCCAGACGGCCUCUUUCCGACCGUCGUUUGCGACGAGACUGGUCACUCCCUUGGUCUCGUCUACUCCUCGCCGGAGUCGGUCAAGGAGACCAUCCUCACUGGUAAGGGUGUCUACCAGUCACGCAAGCAUGGUCUAUGGAGGAAGGGAGAGACUUCAGGCGCCACGCAGGACGUCGUAGGCAUCCGCGUCGACUGCGACUCGGACAGCCUCGAAUUCCGCGUCGUCCAGCACGGCGCGGGUUUCUGCCACCUCGAUCGGGGGUCGUGCUUCGGAGAGCUCAAGGGGCUGGCCGCUCUCGAGCAUACCCUGGCAUCACGAUUCGCAUCCGCGCCAGAAGGAUCGUACACGAAGCGUCUCUUCAACGACGCGUCGCUGCUGCAAAGCAAGAUCACGGAGGAGGCAGACGAGCUCUGCCGCGCGGAGACCUCGGACGACGUCGCCUUUGAGGCCGCCGAUCUCCUCUACUUUGCCCUCACCAAAUGCAUCGCAUCGGGUGUCGGUAUCGCUGACAUCGAGCGCUCCCUCGACAAGAAGGCCGCGCGCGUUACACGCCGGCCCGGGAACGCAAAGCCGCAGUUCGUCAAGCCUGCGCAGGCCGCGCCGCCUCCCAAGCCAGCACCCAUCGACCCCGAUGCGCCCAUUCGCAUGCGCACCUCCGAUCUCGCCGCCGCCUCCAAGGAAGAGCGCGCUGCACUCUUACGCCGCCCGGUCUUGCGUUCGGACGAGAUGAUCGCGAAGGUGAAGCCGAUCGUGGACGACGUCCGUGCGCGGGGCGACGCCGCGCUCAUCGAGCUCACUGCGAAGUUCGAUCGCGUGCAGCUCGAGUCGGUGAUCAUUCGUCCCCCGUUCGCGCCGGAAGCCACUGCUGGACUCGACCCCGCCGUGCGCGAAGCGAUCGACGCGGCGUAUGCCAACGUCAAGAGAUUCCACGCUGCGCAGCUCGACUCUGCACCGCUGUCCGUAGAGACGAUGCCAGGGGUGGUCUGCAGACGCUUCGCCAGGCCAGUCGCUCGCGUCGGCUUGUACGUCCCCGGUGGCACGGCCAUUCUGCCCUCGACAGCCCUUCACCUCGGCGUACCCGCGCAGGUCGCAGGCUGCCGCGAGAUUGUGAUGGCCACACCACCACGUCCUGAUGGUAGCAUCUCUCCUGAGGUCAUGUACGCUGCGCAGCUCGUCGGCGCGAGCGCCAUACUCAAGGCCGGUGGCGCACAAGCUGUUGCAGCACUCGCGUACGGCACGGCCACCGUCCCCAAGGUCGACAAAAUCUUCGGGCCUGGUAACCAGUGGGUGACGGCGGCGAAGAUGCUGGUGCAAAACGAUACCGAUGCGCUGGUUUCUAUCGACAUGCCAGCAGGGCCGUCGGAGGUUCUGGUCAUCGCGGACCACACCUCCGACCCCGCCUUCGUCGCCGCCGACCUCCUGUCGCAAGCCGAGCACGGCGUCGACUCCCAAGUUGUCCUUGUCUCUGUCUCUCUCGACGACUCUGCCAUCGCUGCCAUCGAGGCCGAAGUUGACAAGCAGGCUCGUGCUCUUCCGCGCGUGGACAUCAUCCGGGAAUCCAUUCCCAAGAGUCUUAUUGUCAAAACCUCAUCCGUGGAGGAGGCGAUCGCGUUCUCAAAUGACUAUGCGCCGGAGCAUCUUAUUCUGCACCUUGAGAACGCGCCCGCGCACGUCGCUGCGAUCGAGAAUGCCGGCAGUGUAUUUGUGGGGCCGUAUACGCCGGAGAGCUGUGGCGACUACGCAUCGGGCACGAACCACACGCUCCCGACGAACGGCUACGCGCGGCAAUUCAGCGGCGUGAACACGCAAUCGUUCCAAAAGCACCUCACGUCGCAGGAGAUUACGGCGGAGGGACUGAAGGGCCUUGGCCCCAUCGUUGCGACACUGGCGGACUGCGAGGGACUGGGGGCGCACGCGAAUGCGGUGCGCAUUCGGCUGUCGAGAGCGCAGCAGUAAGAAAAAAUGCCCAGACCGGUAUUGAGGGCCACUUAGGAGAAGGUAAAAGUAGCAAUGUAUCAUCUUGUAUAUUCCAGCCUAGCAGUAGACAAAAGCCGGCCUCGAUUUCCCUUCGCAAAAAGCCUGCCUUAUGGGGACACACGAUAGCAU